AUGGAGUGGCCUGCGUGUACGGACGAAUACGAAAAGCUUAUAAUACGGAUGAGCACUCCCAGGGUUGUCAUUGACAAUUCCGUGUUCUCUUCAGCUACUCUAGUGAAGGUUGACAGCGCUAGAAGGCUUGGUAUUCUACUGGAUGCUGUACAAGUGCUCACUGACCUGGACCUUUCUAUUAAGAAAGCCUAUAUUUCUGCAGAUGGCAAGUGGUGUAUGGAUGUUUUUCAUGUCACUGAUCAAAACGGAAACAAGAUAACGGACGAGAGCGUUUUAAAAUAUAUUGAGCAGUCACUUGGGAGCAGUCAAUAUGGGAGAAUCAAGAGUUCUAAUGGUCUCACUGCUCUGGAAUUGACAGGAACUGACCGAGUUGGUCUUUUAUCGGAGGUGUUUGCAGUACUGGGUGAUCUUCAAUGUGAUGUGGUUGAGGCCAAGGUUUGGACUCACAAUGGGCGUAUUGCUUCCCUAAUCUAUGUAAAAGAUUCUAGUUCUGGGUCUACUAUUGAGGACUCUCAGAAAAUUAAUAAGAUUGAAUUGCGCUUAAGAAAUGUUUUGAAGGGAGACAAUGACAUUAGAAGUGCAAAGAUUUCUGUUUCCAUCUCUGCAAUGCACACUGAAAGAAGGCUACAUCAAAUGAUGUUCGCGGACCGUGAUUAUGAGAGGACUCCCAUUCUCAAGUUUACUUCUGAGAACCCAUUGGUGACGGUUCAGAAUUGGGCAGGAAGGGGGUACUCAGUCGUGAAUGUUCAGUGUAAAGACCGAACCAAGCUUUUAUUCGAUGUAGUAUCCAAUUUGACAGACAUGGAAUAUGUUAUAUUUCAUGCAACUAUUAACACAAAUGAUGGCCGAGCAUACUUGGAGUUUUAUAUAAGGCACAAGGAUGGCACUCCAAUUAGUUCAGAACCAGAGCGUCAACGUGUAAUUCAAUGCUUAAAAGCUGCAGUAGAGAGAAGGGCAUCUGAGGGUGUUCGACUAGAGUUAUGCAAAGAAGACAGUCAGGGGCUUCUAGCGGAAGUAACAAGGACUUUCCGUGAGAAUGGGCUCAAUGUGACCAGGGCUGAGAUAUCCACCGUUGGGAAUAUGGCCACAAAUAUAUUCUAUGUAACGGAUGCCAUUGGAAAUCCAGCUGAUUCAAAAAUUAUCGAAUCUGUUAGGCAGAAAAUUGGGUUAAGCAAUUUAGAAGUGAAGGAAUUGCCGAUGGUAAAUCAUCAGGAGAUACAGAGAGAGGAUGAAGCGGUUGGAAUUGGUGGGGCAGUGUUGUUGUCCCUAGGGAGUCUCGUGAAAAGAAAUCUGUAUAAUUUGGGACUAAUCAAAUCCUGUUCCUAA